UAAAGAUGACUGAACUGAACCAGAUAUUUCCUCAUUUGAGAGAAAUAAGGGACUAAUAAUAUUGUCAAGAUAAGAAUGAAACAAAUAGUUUUACAUGAAUUGAGACAAUUAUUAAUUAAAGAAGAAAAUUGGGAGCCAAAAUUCUGCUAAACAGUGGAUUAAGCUACGUUGCUGAAGUUGUCCUACUCAUUCUCUCAACUUAUGGAUUCUCCUGCCAACAGUCCACAUCCACGGAAAUCUGGAAGCCAACUAGUUGUUUCUGAUUUUGGUACACUUGAACCUGGUAGUGUUUUUGAAGAAGCCCUUUUGCAUAGCAUAGAGGCCAAGGCUACUGUCAGCACACCACCGAGCACUACAACCAUAAUUCCAUCUCCUCUUCUGCUAUGGAGACUUAAGGUGUUACUGUUUAUCAUUUGGGGUGUUAGCUGUUGCAAGAUCAGCUGGGAUUCAGUCAUGAGAAUGAGUGUAAACCUCCGUGAUCUUUUUCUGUAUGAGGCUUUUCUUUAUUACAAUCCUUUGCUACUUGUGACGAUAAUGGUUUGGUUUUGGGGCAUGAACCUAUGGGUUUUUGCACAGGCUAAUGUUAACUUUCCUAAAAUUUUUGACCUCGAUCAAAAUCAUCUCUCUCACAGAGAGAUUUGGAAGUGUGCUACCUGGAUGACCAUCAUCGUGCCAACUAGCAUGACAGCCUAUCUCUAUCUCUAUUCAAAUGGAGAAGUUACGUUGGCUGCAUCUCAACCAGUGCUCCUAUAUGCUGCUUUCGCCAUGGCUCUGAUAUUUCCCUUUCAUAUUUUCUAUUUAUCAUCUCGCUACUUUUUGUUAAGAACACUUUGGAGGAUAGUUUUCCCGCUUCAGGCAAUAGCUUUUGCUGACUUCUUCCUGGCUGAUAUAUUAACUUCUAUGUCAAAGGUAUUUUCAGAUUUAGAGCGUUCUGUUUGCAGAAUGGUUCAUCGACAGGUUGCUACCAUUGCAUGGUUUGAAGCUGAUUCUGUUUGUGGCAGUCACUCUGUUGCAAUUCCUAUAGUUCUUGUAUUGCCUUAUCUAUUUCGUCUAUUUCAAUGUCUACGGCAAUACAAGGAUACUAGAGAUAAGACUACCUUGUUCAAUGCUUUAAAAUAUUCAACAGCAGUACCAGUGAUAUUUGUGUCAGCCCUUAAGUAUCACGUAUUCCCUGACAACUGGGUUAACCUUUACAGGCCUUUGUGGCUUGUCUCAGCUGUUGUGAACUGUCUCUAUUCAUUUUAUUGGGAUCUGUCAAGAGAUUGGGACUUAAGUUGUUUCACUCUGGUUUUCAAGUUCAACAAGCCGCAUAUUUUAUCACAUUGCUUGUACGGACGCAAAUGGGUGUACUUUUGGGUGAUCGGAAGCAACCUAAUAUUGCGAUGCACGUGGACAUACAAGCUCUCUGCCCAUCUCCGACACAAUUACCUCACAGUAUUCACAAUAACUGCUCUUGAGAUGUUCCGUCGUUUCCAGUGGGUUUUCUUCCGUGUAGAAAAUGAGUGGAAUAAGAUAAGCACCAAAUCAUCAAAUACUCAACUCUACAUGGGUGACGUCCCUAAACAAGAAGAAGAAGAAGAACUACUCAACUCCAAUGGUUACAAUGUAUAGCCUGCAGCCCAACAUUCUACAUGCCCAUCCAUUAAUGUUUCUCCCACAUUUGCAAAUAAUAAUUUCUUGUCAAUAGUAUAGGAUGCCAUACAAGGUUAACAGGGGUAAAUAUAACUAACAUAAACAUCAUACUACAAAAUUAGGUAGGAUACCUUUUUAAACUUGACAAGUUUUAUUUAGUGCAUGCUUAAGUUUUUCUAUUUUUAUAUUCUUGACCUCCCUAAAUAUUAGU